AUGAAGUUUGACAUUGCCGCUAUCGUCCCUCUUAUGGCAGUCGCUAUCUCUGCCACUCCUCUCGAGGUCCGCCAAUCCAACCAAGUCACUGUAGCUCUGUCCAAUGACCAAUCUGGAGCCUAUGCUGGUGUCACAUUCCAAGCCGAUGACACCCAUAAGAGCGUCUUCUCCCUCUUCAGUGGUACCUCUGUUGGAACAGGUGGUACUGUUAAGGCAACCGCCGCCCAGCUCGCCAACUUUGCACCGUCUAUCAAUUGUGUCAUCACGAACAAUGGCGCUAUCGUCGGUACCUUGACUGCUCAGCAAACUUAUCUGGACCUUGAUGGCAGUUCUCACGCCGCAAUUCCAAUCAACCUCGACAAUGCUGAGAUUAGCUGCCGUAUUUGA